AUGGACUCUGGACCUGUCGACGCGGCGCCUUACGCUCAUACGGAUUAUGAUGACCCGAUUCAACCACCGUCGCCGGAGCAGGAGCGCUUAGAGAAGCCGCGGAAACAUGCGUUCCGUAGUACUUCCACCAGACGGAGCGCGGGCGAUGACCUUCGGCGGACCAUGUCCGAGUUAUCAGUGAAUGGCACUCUGGAUGGCGCUGCAGCAGAGCAGGCGACUAAUGCAGACGCUGGCCCCCCAGAGGAUACGCCUCAGUACCCCAGAGUAGGCGCCACCGACGAGCAAGUCAAAGAAGCAGUAGCGGACGAAGACGAGAACCCCGAGAUCAAAGCGCCAUCACGAGAUCGCUCGAGCGAAGCUACGCCGCGAGAACCAAGUCUCCACCGCAUUUACAAGCUCACGCUCUACGAGACGAACGCGCGAUACUGGAUUACCGGCGCCGACAUUGCAGACAAGCAGUUUAGAAUGCUGCGCAUCGACAGGACGUCUGCGCCGGGCCAGAUCGCGCUGUUCGAGGAUGACACGACGUAUGACCGGCGGCAGAUGAAUGAGGUCCUCGCCAGUAUCGAUGAAGGGAAUAAAUCGACAGGCGGGUUGAGGAUGAAGUGUACUUUCUGGGGCUUGCUCGGCUUCAUCAGAUUCACGGAGGCGUACUAUAUGCUCAUCGUCACGCAGCGAAAGCAGGUUGCUAUGAUUGGAGGGCACUAUGUCUACCAGGUAGAGGGAACGGAGCUCGUGCCUUUGACGACUGGUGCAAGUAGCAGGUUUGUUCGCGAUCGCAAUCCGGAGGAGACGCGGUUCUUGAAUGUUCUGAACAAUCUGGAUUUGAGCAAGUCGUUCUACUUCAGUUACUCAUACGACAUCACGCACUCGCUACAGCACAACAUCAUCCGGCAGCGGCAGGCUAUGAAUGAAGGCCAGCAUCAAGCGGAUCAGGCGUUCAACAGCAUGUUCGUUUGGAACCACCAUCUGCUGAAGCCGGCGAUAUCUGCGCUGAAGCAUCCGUUCAACUGGUGUCUGCCGAUUAUCCAUGGCUUCAUCGAUCAGGCUGCCUUGGACAUCUUCGGAAGAGCGGUAUACAUCACCAUUGUUGGCCGACGGUCACGGCAUUUCGCUGGUGCGCGGUUUCUCAAGCGCGGCGUCAAUGACCUGGGGUACGUGGCGAAUGAUGUCGAGACCGAGCAGAUUGUCUCCGAAAAGCUCACGACGUCCUUCCACGCCCCUGGUCCGAGACUGUACUCCAGCCCUACCUACACCUCCUUCCUCCACCACAGAGGCAGUAUACCGCUGUACUGGACACAAGAUAACAGCGGUGUGACACCCAAGCCAGCCAUUGAUCUCAACCUUCAAGAUCCGUUCUACCAACCCGCUGCGCUGCACUUUGACAACUUGUUCGGAAGAUAUGGCUGCCCUGUGUCGGUGCUCAACCUCAUCAAGUCUCGUGAGCGCACACCGAGGGAGUCAAAACUCCUCGUCGAGUUCGAAAAGUGCAUCGACUACCUCAACCAAUCAUUACCAGAGGGCAAGAAGAUCAUGUACAAAGCCUUCGACAUGAGCCGAGCUUCGAAGACUCGUGGAGGUGAUGUUAUUGGCAGCCUCGAGGUUAUUGCGAAGGAAAUUGUUGCGCAAACCGGCUUCUUCCGGAAUGGGGACGAAGGGUUCGACGAGCCGGUUGUGCAGAAUGGGAUUGUACGGACUAACUGCAUUGACUGUCUUGAUCGGACGAAUGCUGCGCAGUUCGUCAUUGGGAAGCGAGCUUUUGCAUUGCAACUACAGGCUCUAGGGGUGAUUGAUCGGGAUGAAGUCGACUUCGACACCGACGCUGUCAAUGUGUUCACUCACAUGUUUCACGAUCACGGCGAUACCAUUGCUGUGCAGUACGGCGGCUCGCAUCUGGUGAAUACGAUGGCAACGUACCGGAAGCUGAACCAGUGGCAGAGCUCUUCGAGAGACAUGGUUGAGAGCUUCAAGCGCUACUACCACAACUCAUUUCUGGACAGUCAAAGACAGGAGGCGUACAACCUCUUCCUAGGCAACUACGUCUGGGCCCAAGGCCAGCCUCUCCUCUGGGAUCUACCAACAGACUACUACCUCCACCACGGCGACCCAAAGGCCUGGCUCGAGCGAAAACGACGCAACUACAUCUACUGGUUCACCCCCGAACACCUCGACACCCGCACCCUGCCUCCAACCCUCCACCUCCUACGCGACAAGCCGGAAGCCAAAGACGACAUCCGCACCUACGACGACUACUGGCUCGAAUGCUACCGCCCGGCCGCCCUCUCCACCCUCGGCAAAGUCUACUCCUACCGCCUCAACAGCUCCAACAAAUUCCUCCCCGACCGUCCACAACGCGACAGCAGAUCCGACUUCAGCCCGUUCAAAACCCGUCUCGACCCGCAACGCGCCGCCCACGACGCUACAGAAAAGAAAGCCCAACGCCGUGUCAAAAUCGCCGACGGAGACCCAACAGACUCCCCUCGUCCGCCGACAGAAUCCGCGCAUUCCCCACCCGCAACGACGACGAACAACGAAAAACCCAGCAUCCUCCGCGAACCCACCACCGACCGCCACUACCACCCCUCCCCUCCACCACAACCCUCAACAGAGCUUGGCGGAGGAGGCGCCGCGGUCAAACCGGCCGAUAAAGCGCAAAUGCACCUCUGGACCCUCAACCAAUUCCACCUGCAAUCGCUGCACCCUUCCGUCUCACCAUCGGAAACUGCUGAGUAUACACGUUAUAUCUCCCACCCGCUCCAUCUCCCCCUCGUCGUGUCCACCGAGUUACCCUCGGACGCGAAUCUAGACUACGUAGAGUACGUGCACAAACCCGGCGGCAGCGCACGAGAUGAUUUCGAGGACGCCGACGAGGCGGGGUUGUUGGGGCAAGGGGUAGGAGAAGCGGAUUUAGCAGCGUAUGCGGAGUUUGUGGGGGAGAGGGAGGGGUUGACGGUCGGGGAGGAGGAUGGGGGGACCAAGCGGUAUAAGGCGUAUCGGCAGUGGUUGAGGGGGAAGAGCUUGUUCAAGCAGAGUAAGGUUGAUCCGGAGUAUAAGGGGGGGUGA